AUUCGCUCACCCCAAAGAAAAACUGAUGGACUUCCUCUCCAAGUAAUGGUGAGUGAUAAUUAUCAACAUGUAAAUAAAAUAGUUGUAAGAAAUAUAUUCUUCAAGUGUCAUUGAAAAUGAAUGAAGUUAAGUUAAUGAAAAUUUUUAGAAUAAUAAAUGGGUCAUCUUCAAAUAUGGUUCUGCUUUGCAACCCCCUAUAAUUUUGAACACCAGCCGCCACUGACAUCAAGUAAUACACCUUUAUUUAAAUUACAAUUUAAUUGGGAUGAGGCUUAUUUUUAAUGAACUGAAUUCAUCGGACUGCUCAUAAAACGAGCUCAGAUUUUUCUUCAAAAUCUAGCAGGUGAGUGAUAACAGGCUACUCAAACAUAGCAAACAAUACUAGAGCACAUAAAAUAGUAGUAAUACAGUGUUCAAGUCUAAACAUCGCAUCAGUGAAAUGAUCAGUGAAACGUUAUAUCCUAUGAAAAUUGAUAUAUUCUGUAAAAAAUAAAAAGCUAUCAUCAUACUAGAUUUACAAACUUAUCUAACAAAACACGUCUAGUGGAAAACAGAUUUUUAUAUUAAUAUUGAAAGACUUCCAAACUAUUAUGAAACCGAUCCACAAGAGAGUAUUUUAGAGAUGAGCCUAGACCUGGGCUACUGCUCUGUGGUUGUCAGACGUCUGAAAGAUCCUGUAAGGUUUAUCCACAACCUUUCCGAAUUUUCUACAACCCUACUUCCAAGAUAUUCUAGGAAAGAAUUGCAGCCAUCCUUUACUCAAUAAUAAACCACCAAAAUAAAAUAAAUACAGGUUACAAAAGUAUUUUUCUCUGAGACAUUACAAUUCCUUGCAUGUAAUUAUCUAGCCGAAAAGGAAAAUGACAAUCUUUUAUUCAUAUUUCUGAGGUAGUUUCAGAUUGUCUAGUCUAGAAUUAUAUUUAUUUCAGACUUUUCCUCGGCAAAUAAUUGCUCUUAAUUACUUGUUACACACGAUAGCUUUUAGCAGCUCCAGUGUUAAACACAGGUUUGGUGAAAUUAUCAAGAAAGGGGAUUUCCCACCCAAUUUUGCAAAUUGGUUGUAACCAUGGAAACUCAUAUACAAAAAUGGAAACACUUGUUGUGGAAUAGGUAGUCUUCAGGCAGCAGGACAACUGAAACCAUGAAGAGUCCCAAGAGGCUCCUGUGACUCACUAAGUAACGUUUUGUAAGGACAUCAUUCCAAAAACCUUCAAUUCCUUUCUAAGUACUUAUAAAUAUAUUUCAACUUAUAAUUUCCAUCUGAAGCAUUUUGAACAUCUUCUUGAGAAUUUUGAUUUAUAUUAAAGUAUUCAAUAGAUAAUUACUAUUUAAACCGUCACAAAUAUCCUAAUCUUGAUUUCCUUCUAAGUAUCCAAUAGAUAAUUCUCAUUCAAAGUCCUACAAAUACUCUUAUGAUGAGAAACUCCAAGAAGAGAACAGCGGACUAUUGGAACAACGAUCAACCUGAACACUUUACCAUCAUCCGCAAUGUUGUAAAGAUGACGAAAUACCUGAACUCUCGGGAAUACUACAUAUUUUUAAAAUAUCUAACUGACGUUUUCAUCCUGUACAGCGUGAUCAAUCUCUCCUGUGCAAUUUUACACUUUUGGGACAACAAAGAAAAGAAAAUGUUUGCAGUCAAAGAGUUGAACGUCUCUUUUUACGCCAUUUGCCUACGGAUGACUACAAAAGAAGUUUUGCCUCUUUGCGAUCUUGUUGAGAGUUUUUGUGCUGAUAAAUUCACAUUUUACCGUAAUGAUCGUUCAGAGAAACAGAGAAAAAUAAGGAAUGAAAGAAUCGGUCGUCUGCAGAACCUUGAUAAAAUGAAUAUAAGAUACACAGUGAUUCUGAUAUUUUUCUCUGUGGUUGUACCUUGGUUGCAAUCAUGUUACACAGUUUUUAUAAGCGAAAACUACGAUGAUAUCCAAGAUCUCCAACAUGUACUAUUCUCUUAUUACCCAGAUCAGUAUAAAUCGUUGGAGAUGCACUUCAUUGUACAGGCAUUCACUGGUAUAUUUCUGAUCGUUGAAGAGUUACAGAUGUACUGUAUAUUUACUGCUGUCUACAUGGCUUCUUAUACUAUGGCCGACGAAUUUGAUUUGUUAUUUACUUGCUUGGAGGAGAUUGAUCAGAACAUCAGAGACUUUAGCCAUGUCAAAAGAAAUAUGAAACUUGACUUCAACUACGAAAGGUUCAACUCAACAUACGAGAAUCAAUUAUUCGUAUUCUUGACUAAAAUUAUCGACCAUCAUUCGUCUCUGUAUAGUAAUGUAGAACUGCUGAAUAAGAGAAUAGGUACAUUAUGCCUUGGAACUAUUAAUGCCUGGACGUUCCAACUAUUCGUUCUAAUUAUGUUCGUCUAUGACAAUAAAGACACUGCUACAAGAAUCAAGUUCGUUUUCUUAGCAUUGGCGAUCAUUGUGUUGAUGAUAAUGUGUGCUUCUAUUGGUCAAACAAUCUCUACUAAGGGUGAAAAAUUGAGAAGAGCUAUUUGGGAUUGCUCGUGGGUGGAUAAGCCAGAGUGGUUCAAGAAAUCAAUUCUUAUGAUGAUGACCAGAUCCACCAGACCGCUGGAGAUAAGACCGUUUGGCUUGUAUGUUCUGGAUCUGAGACGAUUUGCUGUAAUCCUGAACGGGAUGUACUCAUACUUCAAUGUCGUCUACUAAGCAACUAAAAUGAAAUGUGGAAAAUUAAAUUGAAAACAAUUUAAUAAGUACCGUACCUCAAUUUACCGCAAAUGUAGAUGUUAGGGCGGAGAAGUGCCUAUAUGUCAGUAAUCGAAGAAUUGAAAAUUGAACAAACCUAUUUAUGAAUAUGUAAAUCAAUGAUUGCAUGUUCAAAUGGAUGUUUUGUAUUCUUGGAAAUUGAAAAUGCCUACCGUAUGUUAUCAAGUUGUGUAAAAUGAAGUGCUAGUGGUAGGUUACCUACGGUACCGUACUUACACCUAGAAAAAUGAGGCAAUUAUGUAAGAUUAUUAAAAACCUGCAUCACAGUUGUUCUUUUUUAUUUCAU